GAAAAAGACAAUAAAAGAAAGAAGAGGAAUGGUGACUGGCGGUGGUAACAACAACUAUUCGUCCUGAGAUUUUCCAUCUUCGAUUUAGGGUUUUUGACUCUCUCUCUCUCGCACUUCACUGUUCUUGCAUGUGUUUUCUCUGCUCACUCAGCUUGGAGAAUUAAAGCCAUUGUUCACAACUCACAAGCAAAGGGCCCUGUAAAUGAUCCGAAGUUUAUCAGAUUCAGUUUUGAGUGCAGGAGUGUUGACGCAUCUUUGCCAGUAGGGGGCUGUUGUGGAGAAGUGUUAUUUUAUCUUCAGAUGUUGAGUUUCAGGGUACCUACUCUGCAUAGCUGUUUGAUGCUUGUUUGAUUACAUGUUGCACUUCUAGUCAAGGUUUGCAAGUUGAAGCUAUCAUCUACAGUUACUUUACUGUGGAGCUCAGAUGGAUGACAGUGGGCAUCGUGAAAAUGGAAGGCACAAACCACCUCCGGGUCAGUGGUUGAUGCAGCAUCAGCCAUCAAUGAAGCAAAUAAUGGCCAUCAUGGCUGAGAGAGAUGCUGCUAUUCAAGAAAGAAACCUGGCUAUUUCUGAGAAAAAAACAGCCUUGGCAGAGCGAGACAUGGCUAUGCUGCAGCGUGAUACAGCAAUUGCAGACCGAAAUAGUGCCAUUAUGGAACGAGACAAUGCCAUUGCAACACUUCAAUAUCGUGAAAAUGCAAUGAAUAGUGGUAACAUGUCCCCGUGCCCUCCAGGAUGCCAAAUCUCACGCGGGGUGAAGCACAUGCACCAUCCACAGCAGCAUGUACACCAUCAGCCCCACAUGGGUGAUGCUUCAUACAAUUCACGGGAUAUGCAAAUUACUGAUGCGCCCCCAAUGUCACCAGUUGCCUCGGAACCUGCAAAGCCUAGGCGGACUAAACGAGCCAAGGAAGCCAAGGGAAUGACAUCUAACAAAAAGCCUUCCAAAUCUUCGAAAAAGGUGAAGAGAGAGGGGGAGGAUCUGAAUAAGAUGAUGUUUGGCAAGUCCCAUGACUGGAAGAGUGAACAAGAUAUGGGUAGUGGAGCCGAUGAUCUUAACAAACAGAUGGGUGUGUCGAAGCCUGAUUGGAAGGAUCAGGACAUGGGGUUGAACCAGGUUGCAUUUGAUGACUCCUCUAUGCCGGUGCCAAUUUGCUCGUGCACUGGAAUGCUACGGCCAUGCUACAAAUGGGGAAAUGGGGGUUGGCAGUCUUCAUGCUGCACUACCACCAUGUCAAUGUAUCCGCUGCCAGCAGUGCCUAAUAAGCGCCAUGCACGGGUUGGUGGUCGGAAGAUGAGUGGAAGUGCAUUCAACAAGCUGCUUAGCAGGCUUGCAGCUGAAGGGCACGAUCUAACAAAUCCAGUAGAUCUUAAGGACCAUUGGGCAAAGCAUGGAACGAAUCGCUACAUCACCAUCAAGUAGAAUGUGAGAAAUCUUUGAAUGGAUGGAGGAAUCAUGA